UCUCCUUUUUCUUCAUUUUUAGGGAAGAAAGCUCGGACUUUCGACCUCGAAGCCAUGUUUGAGCAAACGAGAAGAACUGCGGUGGAGAGGAGCAGGAAGGUCUUGGAGGCUCGUGAAAGAGAGAAGGAAGAACAGGCUGAAAAAGAGUUUAGAAGUCCAUGCAUUGAUUCAUCAGCUUCAGCAUCCAGUGCAACAGGAGCUGGGUCCACAGUAACCCAAAGAGAGACAUCCUGUAGUGAAAAUGAAGAUAGCUCAGAUGAAGAAUUAACUGGUCCUUCCAUGCAAUCCCAGACUUUUGCUCAAGGUCCAGCUGAGGAUACUGAUGAUGAUGAUGAUGAAGAUGAUGAAUUCAUUGGGCCACCACUUCCGCCUGGGUUCAAGGAUAGUGAUGACGAUAAUGACAGUGAUGAUAGAGAGGAGGAAGAUAACAACCCUGUCAAGAAAAUUCCAGAUUCUCAUGAAAUUACACUCCAACAUGGGACAAAAACAGUUUCUGCUUUGGGGUUGGAUCCUUCAGGUGCCCGUUUGAUAACUGGUGGAUAUGACUAUGAUGUUAAAUUUUGGGAUUUUGCUGGAAUGGAUGCCUCUCUCCAAGCUUUUCGGUCACUCCAGCCUUGUGAAUGUCACCAAAUCAAGUCUUUACAGUAUAGCAGCACAGGAGAUGUCAUUCUUGUUGUCUCUGGUAACUCUCAGGCAAAAGUUCUUGACAGAGAUGGCUUCCCAGUAAUGGAAUGCAUAAAAGGAGACCAAUACAUUGUGGACAUGACAAACACAAAG